GAACUUCCAAUUCAUGAGAUGUAUAGCAAUAUGCUAGAGAUUUGGGAAUUUGUUCUUAUUUUAUUCGGUGCAGAAGCACUUGUUGGAAUUGGUGUGGGAAUAUUCAUAUGGAGGAAACAUAAAACCAACACAGAGUAUAGCUCUCAGAGAGAUCUACUAGAUGAGCUUCAGGAAGAUGUCAUUCUUAACGAUUUGUACGAAGCAGACGACUUGGAGAUCGGGGUUCCCCCACACGAUUACAAAGAAGUAAACGAUAAUGUGCAACUGAAGGCUUUCCGCCGACUCAGCAGCAUUUCUGAUUUCCGCGAGUCCAAAUCAGGAGAAUCACAAAUGCGCAGAACUAGCAUCCUAAGCGAGGUUGCACUGCCGGACGUUGAACCGCGUCCAAUGCCAAUGGUACUUGCCACUGAUGAUGAUGUAUUUUACGGAAGUGGGAGACCAUUGAGUGACAUGCGCCCUCCGUCUUAUCACACGCGGAUGUCGUACGCUCAUUCGAUUGGCGAAGACCUGACUCCUGUCAACUCACCCAGCCCAACGAGAUUUAGAAAAACAUUGGUUAUUGACGAGUCCACAAAAGGAGGAUUGUCGAGACCUAAAAUGGGUGACCCAUUGCCAUUUUCAUUACACUCUGAAAAGACAGAUGUGUCAAUGGAAGUGAUGGACAAAGCAAAACCAUUGUGGGAUAUUUAGAAUCAACAGAAAACCAAGUGUGCAUUGACAAAGGGGAUUGUGAAGUGCUUGUUAAUGUAAUAUAUACAUGUAACAUUUGCUUUUGUCGGUUAUUCUUCAUACUUUGUUUUACUAUUUUGUUUGUAAUUAUUAUGAAAAUCAAAUAUAUGUGACUAAAACAAUUGUGCAAUGUUUAUUUCUAGGGAAAAAAACCCCUGCAUGAUCUGCAUUUUUCGUCAGUCGAAUUAAGCUAGCUUAAUCGUUCAGGAGUAUUUCAAGAAUGAUACUGAUGUUUUGUACGUGUAAAUAAGUCUACUGAUCCAUGCCUGUUAAAAG